GCCUAGCAACGGCGCAGGCUCCCGGGCGAGUCCGUUAUGGCCGCUGCCGCUCCGGGCAGGAUGAGGGUGGCGGUGCGAGCCCAGCUGCCUCUCGGGCCGGCCGUGCAGGCUUCCGCGACGCUGGCGCGGCCGCUGGUCCUGGCGCUCCUGCUGGCAUCCGCCACCGUGGCCAGCGCUUUAGCAGAGAAUAAUUCGUCCAACAAAACUGUACCCAGAUCAGAAGUUCCCCCUGCAAACGUGAACGUUUCAACACAUGAAAACCAAACCAAGCCUAUUUUGCAAGCCAGCACCACUGUUCGUGCCCCGGCUAGUACAGAGAAAAGUGGAAGGCCGUCCCUUGCGCCACACCCCUCGCCCACCACGUCUCUGUUCCAGGAGGAAGUUGACAACAAUGAAGAGCCUAGCAUCGAGGAGGAGGACUUUCUCACACUGAACAGUUCUCCUUCCACGGCCAAAGACACUCUGGACAACGGAGACUAUGAGGAGACCGACUAUGGCUGGCCCACCAGCCCUCGGGACGAUGAGUCCAGCGAGGCCUUGGAAGAGAACAGGGGCUACAUGGCAAUUGAACAGUCAGUGAGAUCUUUUAAGACCCCAUCCUCAAAUGUAGAAGAGGAAGAUAGCCAUUUCUUUUUUCAUCUUAUUAUUUUUGCUUUUUGUAUUGCUAUUGUUUAUAUUACCUAUCACAAUAAAAGAAAGAUUUUCCUUCUAGUUCAAAGCAGAAAAUGGCGUGAUAGUCUUUGCUCCAAAACAGUGGAAUAUCAUCGCUUAGACCAGAAUGUUAAUGAAGCAAUGCCUUCUCUGAAGAUCACCAAUGAUUAUAUUUUUUAAAGCACUGUGAUUUGAUUUUGCUUAUUAUAUAAUUUUAUUUGCUUGACUUUUUAUAUGUUACCGUACAGAUGUAUGCCAGGGGCAAUUGGUACUUAAUGAGAGGUGGGUCUCUCUUCAUUUUGCCUUGGUGCUUUGGAAAUUAAAUAUCACAAACAAGAAGUAUAUAAUUUUUUAUCUACAUUUUUAGAAUUAAAUUCAAUCAGGUUUCCAAAAUGUAGAGCCAGGCAUUACCUGUAAUUUGUUUUUAUUGUUUUAAAUUUCUUUAUUAUACUUCUUCUGGAAGUAUUAGUAAUGCUACUUUUAAAAGAUCCCAACUUUUAACUGAAUUUUAACAAAUCUGGUACUGCUGAUUCAGAUUCUCUUUCUGCCAUCCAGAUACUAUUUUUAACCACACAUUUCUUUGUGCUUCCAAAUGGAAAUGUAUAAGGAUGUAUAAUAAUGCUUUCCAUAUAAGUAACUUUUGUUUUUUUCCUUUUAGGAAAAUUGCUUUAUUUUUUUGGGAUAAUUUAAACCUAAAAUAAGAUAAUGACAUUGCUUAACCUGACCACAAUUUUGGGUAACACAAUAAUGUGUUUAAAAAUUCUGGAAAUAGAGUCUGAAAUCAGCAGUGGACACAGCAGGCUAUGUCAUGGUACACAAAGAGAAACUGUUUUGGUUUGAAUCGCUGAAUUCAAUUUAGAGGUAGAAAUUGAGGCAAAAUAACAACUACGCAUUCAAUUGCUUUUAGGUAGCAAUUGGUUAUAGCACAGGUUUGUCCCACCAAACUGUCAAGCAAGGGGCAGAAUUAGAAUCAUGAGAUUUGUUCACUUUAUUAUUUUAUAAUAAUUUUGAAUAAAUCUUAGGGGUUAUUGUCAUUUAAGUAAUAUUGUAUCUAGGACUUUCAAAUUAUUCUUGAAUGAAGGUGUUUGUAUACGUAAAGGAUAUGUGUACUCUUUUUUUCUCUCCCUUGUAUUUUUUUUUAAACUGGAAAUUAUUUACUGUUUGUCAUUGUAACCCAUCUUUCUAUCCUAAAAGAAUUAGAUCAGUAUGUAAAUAUGGUGAUUUGACUGAGAGUUGAGAUGAGUGGUCUCUCAACUUUUUUAGAAGGUAUGACCCCUCGUAGAUGUCAAGCACCCACUUUGAAGUAUGGGUGGCCAGUGGGCCUGGCAUGUCGAGCAGGAGAAGCCUGGCCACCCAUCAUUUCCCUGGAGUGGACGGUUCACUGUCCUAGUCUGAAGGAGGAAGCACAUGGAAAUGCACCAGAACUGUUUUACUGCAGUAAUUUUUUUCAUAUCUGAAAUUGUAUUAUUUAAUAUUUUGAAUAAGAUUUUAAAAAAUAAAUGGCAAAGGUAAAUCCAUGA